AUGGCUAUGCCUGUCCCAGAUUGCUGUGGAAACGAGGUCAGAGGUUACAGCUGAUACAGAAGUGGGGCAGGAGCAGCGGGCCAUGGGAAAAGAGGGGGUGAGAGGAAAGAAUGAGAGGAGGGGAGGGAUGAGAGGAUGGGAUGAUAGGAGGGGGUGAGAGGACAGAAAGGGACUGUGUCCCAUAGUCAGGAUGUUUUCCUCUGAAUGAAACAAUGGGACACCAUGAGGUGUUUUGAACAUGAAGGCAGAUGCUGAUAUGGAAUUUAUAUAGAUUUCGGAUUCAGAAAUAGAUUGAAACAAUGAAGCUGGAGUGUUUAAUGAAGCCGAGUUUCUGGUGAGCGAGACUACAAAUGCUGUGACUGUUUGCCCCCUCCCUCUUCUGGAUUGUCUAAAUACGUUGUUUCGAUGUGUCAAGGCAAUAGAGAAUUGCAAUGAUGGCUUUCUGUAUUAUUGGUGUGCACCUUUGACACAUAUUCCUAUACUCUCUGUAGUUUUCCUUGAUAUUUUGUUCUGAUAUGCAGUAUUAUUAAUAAUUUAUUAGCACUUUUUCCGCCUGUGGGAAUCGCCUGGCCAAGGUCUUUUCCUUUUUAGUGGAAAGUCAUUCGCCCCACCCCCUUUCUUCUCUCUGUCCUCUUUCUGAGGUCUCUCUCUUUCUCUCGUGUCUUUCUGACCUCUCUCUUGUACUGUAUAAAUUAUCUUCUUAGUCAUGUAUUCAGAAAACAUUUGUCACAUUGUGACACAUCUUUUCCAAGAAGUGUCCCCCACAGUCCUGCCUUGUGUUGUCCAGGUAAUGAAUGAGGGGUUGUUGGUCAUCUCUGCAUUAUCUUUCAUCAAAGUGGCCCCUCUCUCUUUCUCCAAUCCAGUCCCCUCCCUCUAAAUCCCUCCUCUUCUUUCCUCUCCACCUCUUUUACGCCCCUCUAUCUUUUUUCCUCUCUGAAUCAUUCCUCCUCUGACGUCCCACUGAGUUCACCUCACGCCUGACAGAGCAUUUAGCUCGCAUGCUCCGAGGCUACGGCUGGCCGCAGAUGCAGAGUGUGUGUAGGAGUGUGUGUAUGUGUGUCUCAGUACUGCAUCCCUCUCUCCUUCUCCGGGACCCUCGUUCUCUCAGACAAACUAGAUCAGAUUUUGGUCUCCUUGGUGGAAAUAGGGUCAAGGAAUACUGCGCUUGACCCCUCGAAUGGUCACUGGACAUCCUUGGUAACCCUUUCUAUGUAUUUUCACUGGGCUGGAUACCCUCAGUAUUUUCUGGAGAAUGAUACCCUUUCCAACCUAACCACAGUGAAGCUUGACUGGCUGUUCCACUCUGGGCAGGGGAGAGUUAGACCUUGGUUGGAUUUUGACGUUGGACAAGGGUGGAUCUUUCCCCCCCUGCGACUAUAGGAUACCAUGCUGCCUCAACUAAGAAGGGUAAUGUGACUUAGCCUACGUAUUUUGGGUCAAAUAAUACAUUGGGAAGAUCUGCAUUCGAUCCCAGAGGGAAGAACUUGAAACGCUUAUUUCCAAAGUGGUCCUUCUACUUUUGUGGAGGAAUGCGUGUGUGAGUGAGGGGGAUGUUUGUGCGUGUUAGUGAAGGGUGUGUUUGGGCGCAGUGGGGUGUGGAGGAGUUCUGUAUUAUAGCACCUUUUUAUUUGGAGAAACCUCUUUAUGUGUUUGUAUGGUGAGAUCCUGUUGAGUGGCUUCUAUCCAGUGUUCUAAUGAACCAAACUCUGUGAGGAGAUCUGCCGAAUCUAAUUGGCACAGAGGCUGGCAACGAGUGGCGAGCACUUCCUCAGGGAUGAAGGGAUGAAGAAGAGAGCAGAGAGAGUGGGAGAGAGAGAAAGAGGAGAGCAUGCUGCAGAGAGAGAGAGUGCCAGAGAGGGGGGGGGGGGGGGGAGUGAGGGAGAAAAACAAAGAAAGAAAAAAUAUGAUAUAAGAGGAAGAUACAGCUGUUAUUUCAAUAGAAUAGCCAAUUGUUUUACAUCUCUCUUCACAUGAGUGGGUUUGUGAAUUAAUCGUUGUUUCUACUGAGGGAUGUUGGUGUGGAAACCCCCUUCAACCGAAUACAUAUAUGCUGCUGUUGUCCUUGUUCGCCCCAGAUAGGGAUCAUAGUAUGUUUUAUGAUACAUACUGUACAUGCAGUAGCUAUCUACCCUACAUUCACAGGUUUUUUUAUGCUGUUAUUCAUUCCCUUCCAUUGAUAUCAUGUAGCCUACCUAUGUAAAAACAUGUUUGGCCUCAUGCUGCCUAUAACAAUGGGAGCUAGUGCUGAGCAAUUAACCAAAAUGUUGGUAAUUUUUUGUUUUUUUAAACAACUAAUUGACCAACAGCAGUUAAAUUAGAAUUCCAUUUCGUUUGUUUUUUUCUGGGCUCAGUGCGCACAUUGUGCAGUUUCUUUAAAGAGAUAUCAGAUCAAGCCCGCACUGUGCGAUGUAGUAGGGAGUUGUAGUUUCCAACAGGCAAAUAUUCUACAGCGUGCGCAUGUUGAUUAUUUACUCCCACACCAGACACGAUCAGGACACGCAGGUUGAAAUAUCAAAACAAACUCUGAACCAACUAUAUUAACUUGGGUACAGGUCGAAAAGCAUUAAACAUUCAUGGCAAUGUAGCUAGCUAGCUUGGUGUUGCUAGCUAAUUUGUCCUGGGAUAUGAACAUUGGGUUGUUAUUUUACCUGAAAUGCACAAGGUCGAGCAGUGUGGGUGCAAUGAUUGAAUAACACGUAUGUGUAUAUAUGUACAUUUAUUUUGCAACGCUCACACACGCGACGUGUCCGGUCUGGUCAGCAUGUUAGUGAUUGAUAGUUGGUAUUCAGCAGUCUUAAAAGUAUGCCUUAUUUACUUUGAAGAACUACUAAAAUAGUGAUUUUGUCAGACAGCAUAGGCAGCAGCUCUACAGAGAUGAGAUGAGAUGACUUGAAAUGAAAUAAUAAAGUCAUCAAAUAUAAUUUUUUUAAUAUACACUUCAACUGAAAUAUUUUAUUAAAGCAAAGUAAUGUGAAUAAAUGAUGUUUAAUAAGUGAUAAGCAGUAAUGGGAAGUCACUACCAUCAUCAGACAUUUAUUAAAUGUUUUAUUCUGUUUUGUUACAGCAUUCAACCCACAUAAUGCAUAGUGUUUAAAAAAAUUCUCGAAACUGAAAUCGAUCGAAAAAAACACUUUAUUAUUUCUUAAUAAUCUAACCGAAACCGAACCGACCUCAAAAAGUCCUAAUCGCUCAGCACUAAUGGUAGCCUACAGAAAAAAAUUAACUGUCCCCCAAAAAGCCCAAAAUGUUUACAUCAAACGCAUAUGCUAAACUGUAGAUGCCACAUCCACUUCCUGUGUCUAUGAGCUAGCUGGCUGUAGCAGGCUGGCUUUGUAAAACGACGGAUUAAAGCAGCACAAAAGACAACCCACUAAGAACCCUGUCAUGCUGACUGGGACAGUAGCUCAGUCGACAGUUGGGGAAUAUACUGCACGGAGGGCUUCAGCUUUGGUUGGGUUGAGGAGGAGAGACAUUUUGUUUGGGUGAGGUGGACUUCAGAUGAUGGAGGAGAGGAUGGGGGACUGUUGGAGCUAUACCAAGGUGAAUUUGUUCAUUUGUUACUGUGAAUACUGUAAAUGGAUGGUAGCUAUAUAGAAUCACGAUUGCAAGCUGUCCUGUGGUGGACUGGAGUGUGUUAUCCUCUACUACAGUAGGGAUGUUUUUUGUAAGCUACACAAAAAAAUAACAAAUAAUUCUAAAUAGUACCAGUGCCAGUUCUUUGGCUUGUAACCAUUGUAGAACCCUUUUUUGAAGGUUCAACAAAGAACCAUCCUCAUAAGGUUUUAAAUGGAACCUGUAUGGUGCUAUAAUGAACCCUUUCCUAAGGUUCUAUAAAGCACCAUUAAAAAAGAUUCUAUAUAGCACCAAAAAAGGGUUCCGCUAUGGGUACAACCCUUUUUGGGGCUAUAUAGAACCCUUUUUUAGGGUUCUUUAUAGAACCUUUGUGGAGAACCUUUGGAAAUCCUUUUGAAAAUCCCGGAUCUGCCAUAUUAUAUUGUUAAAAUUCCAUAGGUGUUGGGCCUCCCGAGUGGUGCAGCGGUGCUUGAGGCGUCACUACUACAGACCCGGGUUCGAUCCCAGGCUGUGUCACAACCGGCUGUGAUCGGGAGUCCCAUAGGGCGGCGCACAAUUGGCCGAGCGUCGUCCGGGUUAGGGGAGGGUUUGGCCGGGGGGGGGGGGCUUUACCUGGCACAUCGCACUCUAGCGACUCCUUGUGGUGGGUGGGAUGACUGCAGGCUGACUUUGGUCUUCAGUUGAACAGUGUUCCCGCCGACGCGGUCGGGUGUUAAGAAGCGCGGUUUGGCGGGUCAUGUUUCGGAGGACGCAUGACUCGACCUUCGCCCGUUGGGGAGUUGCAGUGAUGAGACAAGAUUGAAAUUGGGGGUAAAAUACAAACCAAAGAUAUAUAUAUAUUUAUAUAUAUAUACAGUGAGGAAAAAAAGUAUUUGAUCCCCUGCUGAUUUUGUACAUUUGCCCACUGACAAAGAAAUGAUCAGUCUAUAAUUUUAAUGGUAGGUUUAUUUGAACAGUGAGAGACAGAAUAACAACAACAAAAUCCAGAAAAACGCAUGUCAAAAAUGUUAUAAAUUGAUUUGCAUUUUAAUGAGGGAAAUAAGUAUUUGACCACUCUGCAAAACAUGACUUAAUACUUGGUGGCAAAACCCUUGUUGGCAAUCACAGAGGUCAGACGUUUCUUGUAGUUGGCCACCAGGUUUGCACACAUUUCAGGAGGGAUUUUGUCCCACUCCUCUUUGCAGAUCUUCUCCAAGUCAUUAAGGUUUCGAGGCUGACGUUUGGCAACUCGAACCUUCAGCUCCCUCCACAGCUUUUCUAUGGGAUUAAGCUCUGGAGACUGGCUAGGCCACUCCAGGACCUUAAUGUGAUUCUUCUUGAGCCACUCCUUUGUUGCCUUGGCCGUGUGUUUUGGGUCAUUGUCAUUCUAGAAUACCCAUCCACGACCCAUUUUCAAUGCCCUGGCUGAGGGAAGGAGGUUCUCACCCAAGAUUUGACGGUACAUGGCCCUGUCCAUCGUCCCUUUGAUGCGGGGAAGUUGUCCUGUCCCCUUAGCAGAAAAACAUUCCCAAAGUAUAAUGUUUCCACCUCCAUGUUUGACGGUAGGGAUGGUGUUCUUGGGGUCAUAGGCAGCAUUCCUACUCCUCCAAACACGGCGAGUUUUGGUCUCAUCUGACCACAACACUUUCACCCAGUUCUCCUUUGAAUCAUUCAGAUGUUCAUUGGCAAACUUCAGACGGGAAUGUAUAUGUGCUUUCUUGAACAGGGGAUCCUUGCGGGCGCUGCAGGAUUUCAGUCCUUCACGGCGUAGUGUGUUACCAAUUAUUUUCUUGGUGACUAUGGUCCCAGCUGCCUUGAGAUCAUUGACAAGAUCCUCCCGUGUAGUUCUGGGCUGAUUCCUCACCGUUCUCAUGAUCAUUGCAACUCCACGAGGUGAGAUCUUGCAUGGAGCCCCAGGCUGAGGGAGAUUGACAGUUAUUUUGUGUUUCUUCCAUUUGCGAAUAAUCGCACCAACUGUUGUCACCUUCUCACCAAGCUGCUUUGCGAUGGUCUUGUAGCCUAUUCCAGCCUUGUGUAGGUCUACAAUCUUGUCCCUGACAUCCUUGGAGAGCUCUUUGGUCUUGGCAAUGGUGGAGAGUUUGGAAUCUGAUUGAUUUAUUGCUUCUGUGGACAGGUGUCUUUUAUACAGGGAACAAGCUGAGAUUAGGAGCACUCCCUUUAACAGUGUGCUCCUAAUCUCAGCUCGUUACCUGUAUAAAAGACACCUGGAAGCCAGAAAUCUUUCUGAUUGAGAGGGGGUCAAAUACUUAUUUCCCUCAUUAAAAUGCUAAUCAAUUUAUAACAUUUCUGACAUGCGUUCUUCUGGAUUUUAUUGUUGUUAUUCUGUCUCUCACUGUUCAAAUAAACCUACCAUUAAAAUUAUAGACUGAUCAUUUCUUUGUCAGUGGGCAAACGUAAUCAGCAGGGGAUCAAAUACUUUUUUCCCUCACUGUAUAAUCAUUUCACAGGUUUUAUUAUUGUGUUAAUUGACAAGUUUAAUCCAGUGAGCUACCUCUGGAACAGCUGGGGGCCCAUGAUGAAAAAAAUGAGAACCACUGACUGAUUUAGUCCACCGUUCUCAACUGACACAAGGCCAUACGUGAGUCUUUCACAAGACGCCAUUGUAAUGGCAUAACACAACACAUUAGAUCAACUGGAAUGUCACUCUUACUCACGGUUACACAAAAAUAACUAUGAGCAAACCACGGCCCAAAAUAUAUUCGAAUGAGCUGCCUCCCCCACAUUUUAAUUAUCACAAAAAGAGCAAAUAAUAAUUGAGUGAACUGCAAAGAACCAUUGAAGAGCUCAAAUGGUUAUUUGAGUCAUUAUGGUUCCACAUAGAACCAUCACCCUUCCAAAGAACCCUUGAGGAACCCUCAUUUUUGUGUGUGUAUGUUCCUCUUGUAUAGGGGCUACCCUGUUUGUAAAGUAUUUAUAUUUAUCCUGCCACGUGGUGAUUUUAGCUGAUUUAGCUUUAAUAACAUUAUGCAGCAUCAUCAAGUUUUUCUGUAUUCUACACAUGCUUAGGCUAUAUGACAGAGGAGAGACGAUGCAGGAAAAGGAUUCAUGUGACUAUCAUGCACCUCAUGCUUCCUGUUCGACUGCACAGUUCAGAUGAGUACAAGUACGGUUAGGCUGAAUAACUGUAUUAAUCUAUGAAUAAUUUACAAGGCCAUUGUGGGUUAGGGUACUCUACGUAGCCUACAGUGAAAGUCUUUACUUGGAAGUGAAGAGGAGGCUGAAUGGGUUUUUGUAAAUGGUGGGGUCAAGGAGUUCAUAAGUGGAGGUGUUUCUGCUUGUAACAACUACGGUACACAAUACUACAGGGCGCCAGUAUCUCAUUUAAGAGACUAGGAGGACAUGGAUGUCAUACUCACACUAUUAGCUGUUUAGAAGAAACCCCCAAACCUCACAAUGGUGUCCAAUACAUUAAUUACACCUAUCAGACAGGCUAUAAAGUAAGUCAAGCGUUUUGUCUGAUUGGUGGCUUUGGCUGGUAAAAACAGUCUCUUUGGAAUCGGUACAGCUAGCUCCAUGAAGUACCAGGCCCAUAAGACUUUUACUAACAAACAAACAACACUAAGUUAGAAAGGCUAGCUAGUCCCACUGUUAAAUUAAAUGACCUCAACUCUUUCUGUUUUACCCUAUUACCUUAUUAGAAGGCAGGUGUGUCAAAUAGACUUGGAUAAUACGUUAAGUGGCAGCAGCAACUCGACAGAGUAGACCUAAUUGUUGACUGUAAAACCCUUGGCCUUUGGGAAGGGAAAAUUAGCACAAACAGUGCUGCUGUGAGUAAUUUGUGUAGGCAAUGUACAGCCAUUAUAAUGGAUAUCUGGAACUGUUAAACCUGUUGACAUUUCAAAGCUGUUGUCAUGUUGUCAACACCCAUGGAAAAGGUCAUGUAGCCAACUUUUUGUCCUUGCAACUACUGUAGUGAGGUUUGUGUCACAGCAGGAUGACUGCCCUAAACAAAUCUCAGAAUGCUGCAUCAAAAACGUUAGAACUGUAUUGGGAUGUUAUAUUCAUUCUUGCAUCAUUCUCUCUCUCUGUUUGCAGGAUCAGUUUGAUAACCUGGAGAAGCAUACACAGUCCGGCAUUGAGUUUGUGGAGAGGUACACCAAAUUCGUCAAAGAGCGAUCGGAGAUUGAAAUCAACUAUGCAAAGCAGAUUAGGUGAGUUCUGUUUCUUUAUUGCCCUGUAAUGAGCUAAGUCUAGGCUUCUGUCUAGAUAUUUCACGAGUGAAUGAAAUGGAUAGUACUCUUCAGUCAUUUAAUCAUUUCGGUCUCAGCCUUCUUCAGAGUACAGAGUAUAACAUAGUUAUAACAUAUAAGAUAUUUCACUGCCAUUAAAAACAAGCAUGUCAUGUUUCCACACAGGCAAGGUCACUGACAGUUUCACAGUUUGACAGUGUUCAUCUCAUUCAGCCUGCAGCGAGCACAUCACUACUGUGUUGGUUUUAGUGAGGUCCUAUCAGAGAGCCUGGCAGAUUGAGCGAUGUUAGCUUUAGCCAGGUGGAGGGCUAAAUAAACAGAAUGAUGAUGCCUGGAGCAGAAGUCUGUCUCUCUUCCUUUCCAUCCCUCUCUCUCCAUCUGUCUGUUUCUCUCUCUGUCUCGCUUUCUCUCUUUUUCUCGAUGCGUCUCUCUCUCAUUUCUCUCUCUCUCUCUCUCGCUCUCUCUCUGGCACAACAGUGUUUUUCUCUCACAGUUUUCCGCUGGAGGCGAGAGGAAGUAAGGUUGGCGGCAAGGUGGGGGGGCGGGUUGGGGGCACAUGUUGCCAUAGUAACGAGGGAUCCUUAUUAUCAUACCCAGCCAGCGCUGACCCACAUUUCUUUUUUUCCAAUUACGGUGGAGUGUCGGUCGUUUAGUCCCGCCCCCCUUUUAAACCCCCCAACCGCACUCUUCCUCCCCUCAAAUUGCUCCAACCCACAUUUUGGGAUUUGGUUCGCCCUUCCAGAUUUUGGAAGGCACAGUGAUGGUUCGUGACAAGAACCCCAGGAAUGGGGGUAGGGGUGAGGGGGUGAGGGAAUACUCUUCCUAAGUCCUCUUACACCCCAACAACAAGCAGCAGGGAUCUGUCCCCAAAUCCCUUAUCUUGUUCCCUAGAGAGGGCCCAUAAGAGGGCUAAAGACUCUAAGUACUGACUACUGACCAACCCCCAUCCAGCACCCUUCCUCUGCACCCCUAACCCCUAACCCCACCUCCUUCUCUUUCUAGAUAAAUCUUCCUUUACUAAAGAGAUAAUAGAACUAGUAGUUCCUCACUCUCUGUUUGCAUGCCUGUCAAACACACACACGUAUGUACGUACACACACACACACACACCACAUGCCCUAAUUAGUUUCCUUCUGUGUCUGACUUUGGUAUCUGUGACACAGAGAUAGUCUUUUAUGGGGUGAUUUCAGUGCCGUCCAGCAUCACAACCGUAUCGUGUGGACGAGCGGUUUGCUGAUAUCAAAGUUGAGAACUUGUGCCCCAUGGUGGCAGUGGGGUUAUGGUAUGGGCAGACAUAAGCUACGGACAACGAACACAAUUGUAUUUUAUCAAAGGCAAUUUGAAUGCACGUAGAUAACCGUUGCAAGAUCCUGAGGCCCAUUGUCGUGGCAUUCAUCCGCCGCCAUCACCUCAUGUUUCAGCAUGAUAAUGCAGGGCCCCGUGUCGCAAGUAUCUGUACACAAUUCCUGGAAGCUGAAAAUGUUCCAGUUCUUCAAUGUCCUGCAUACUCACCGGACAUGUCACCCAUUGAGCAUGUUUGGGAUGCUCUGGAUUGACGUGUACGACAGAGUGUUCCAGUUCCCACCAAUAUCCAGCAACUUCGCACAGCCAUUGAAGAGGAGUGGGACAACAUUCCACAGGCCACAAUCAACAGCCUGAUCAACUCUAUGGAAAGGAGACUGGUUUUCUGAUCCAUGCCUGUACCUUUUUUUUUAAAGGUAUCUGUGACCAACAGAUGGUCCAAACACACCAAACAGUGGUGAAGAGGGCACAACAACACCUUUUCCUCCUCAGGAGACUGAAAAGAUUUGGCAUGGGUCCCAGAUCCUCAAAAGGUUCUACAGCUGCACCAUCGAGAGCAUCCUGACCGGUUGCAUCACCGCCUGGUAUGGCAACUGAUUGGCAUCCGACCGUAAGGCGCUACAGAGGGUACCACUUGACCCCCAAAAUUGUCAAAGACUCCAGUCACCCAAGUCAUAGACUGUUCACUCUGCUACUGCACGGCAAGUGGUACCGGAGCGCCAAAUCUAGGUCAAAAGGCUCCUUAACAGCUUCUUAACCCCCAAGCUAUAAGACUGCUGAACAAUUAAUCAAAUGGCCACUCUGACUAUUUACAUUGACCCUUCCCCCCCUUUGUUUUUACACUGCUGCGACUCACUGUUUUUUAUCUAUGCAAAGUCACUUUACCCCUACCUACAUGUACAAACUCGACUAACCUGUUCCCCCGCACAUUGACUCGGUAUUGGUACCCCCUGUAUAUAGCCUUGUUUUUGUCUCCUGAGUGGCGCAGUGGUCUAAGGCACUGCAGCGCAGUGCUAGCUGUGCCACUAGAGAUCCUGGUUCGAAUCCAGGCUCUGUAGCUGGCCGCGACCGGGAGACCCAUGGGGCGGCACACAAUUGGCCCAGUGUCUCCCAGGGUAGGGGAGGGAAUGGCCGGCAGGGAUGUAGCUCAGUUUGUAGAGCAUGGCGUUUGCAACGCCAGGGUUGUGGGUUUGUUUCCCACGGGGGGCCAGUAUGAAAAAUAAAAAAAAUAAUGUAUGCACUAACUGUAAGUCGCUCUGGAUAAGAGCGUCUGCUAAAUGACGUAAAUGUUAUUGUUAUGUUAUUUUAUUGUGUUACUUUUUAUUUUAAUUUUUACUUUUGUUUAUUUAGUAAAUAUUUUCUUAACUCUAUUUCUUGAACUGCAUUGUUGGUUAAGGGCUUGUAAGUAAGCAUUUCACGGUAAGGUCUACACCUGUUGUAUUCAGCGCAUGUGACAAAUACAAUUUUGUUUAAUUUUAUUUGAUCUGUAUUCCCAGUCAUGUGAAAUCCAUAGAUUGGGGCCUAAUGAAUGUAUUUCCUUAUAUGAACUGUAACUCUGUAAAAUAUUUGAAAUUAUUGCAUGUUGUGUUUAUUUUUUUGUUUAGCCCUUCUAAGGAUAGCCUUUCCACUCCCUAUUUAAUAUUGUUUUUGUGACUGACUGGGGGUGAACCUGGUCUCCUGCAUGUCACAAGACUGAGUUAGCCCACUUAGUUAAAGCCUAUAGGUUCAGGAAGUUCAUGUAAAGGACGACACGCUGCUUGCUUAAUGCUCACCGUUUCCCCCCUGAUUUAGCUCAUACCGAGACUCAAACUCAGGACCUCUGCCUCACAGAUCUCCAUCUGCUACAUUCACCCCCUUAACUCACUCCACAGCGACCCCAGCGGUUGAACCAGCGCAACUGUAAAUCCGAGUCCAGUGGCACCAUUGUAAUGGACGUCACGCUGCCUGCUUAGCGAGUACUGCUUCCCCCUGAUUGAGCUCAUAUGGAGACUAGAACAUAGAACUUCGAAAACACACGUGACCACCCUCCUGAAGCAUUUCAACCCAUCGUGCUAUUAAAAAAGGCCUUCUUCAAUUGCGCAAGGGGCAAUACUUCAGGCUGAGGAAUGAGUUUCACAGAUCCCCAUCUGCAACACUAAUACAAGUCUUCAAGAUCCAGCAAGGUGUCUUGUGUGGUUUGGUGAUCCAUGCUUAUGUGAUGAGAACCUUGCCUGAGACCUGAAGACGUGUUAGUUUGACAUGUGUUAGUUUGUGUUAGACAUAGUCUAGUUUCAAGCAGGGGCAGACUGGCUAUCUGGCAUUUGCCAGAUGAGCCGGUCAAUUUUAAUUUUGUUUUUUUGCGUGAAAUUAUAAUUAUCUGGCUAAUAAUGGGGGCCGCAAGGAAAAGAAUGGGCUGGUGUGGGGGCUCAAGGAAAAUAAUGGGCCGGUGUGUUUGAAAUGCCAGGGCCGAGUUUUGGUCCCAGUCCCCUCCUGGUUUCAAGUCUCCAGCAAGAGUAAUCAUUAUAAGAUUAACUUUUGACUGACUGGGUUGAGACUGUGUUAGCCUGUUGAGCUAAAGCCUAGCCAUUGGUCCUGUGACUUGGAUGGAUCUCUUCAAGUAGGUCAAAGGAGGGUGAAGUGUAACACAGGUGGUUCGGUGACCACACUCGUGUGUUAAGUAACUUGUCUGAGACCUGAAAAGUUGCAUUUUCUAGUGCACAGGAGACCUGGGUUAGAACCCCAUCAGUCAAACUAACACGUCUUCAUGUCUCAGCCAAGGUUGCUCAUUACAUAGCCUAACGGGCAGUCUGAUCCUGCGAGCUUACAUGAAUGGUUCGCUACGCGCAGUAAUCAGUCUGGUAAUUACGAGGUUACUCAUCACAUAGAUGGAUCACCAAACCACCUCUGUUGGACUCUCAUUAAAUGGGGUGCACAAUUCAUUCUGCUUCUGUUUGCCACAGAAAAUGUUGUUGUUGUGCAGGAGGCCUGAUUUCGAACCUAGUCAGUUAUAUUGGUGCCGUGAUCUCUGAGUAUGAGAAAUGUAACUGAGACUUGAAGACUUGUGUUAGCUGCCUGAACUUUAUCUAAGUGGGCUAACACAGUCUUGUGACAUGCAGGAGACCUGGUUCGAACCCAGUCAGUUACAAGAGCAAGAUUAAAUAGGGAGUUGAAAGGCUAUCCUUAGACGGGCUAUGACAGGGUUAUUUAACUAUAUAUCGUGGCCUGUGAUCAUCAUAGAGGGCAACAAAAAGCACAUCCAUGCUCCAGAGAGUCUUAGCUUUCAGGAAUGGGGUCAUCAUAGCUUAUAGCCAAAGCGGUUCAAACGCUAGAGCCAAAUUCAUAUGAAGAAAAUAAAUUAAACAUGCCACAUUGGCUGCAGAAACUGGCAGAAGCUUCUGUUUACCCCAGAGAACGUUUGAUUUCAUCUGUGUUCUCCUCUACCUUUCCUGGCUGGUACCAGGAUGUUGUCUCUGGAAUUUAGAGAACUGAAUUUGAAAACUAAAUCUGAAUGCAUCUGAUAUGUAUGAAACUUUGAUUAACUUGAAAUUAUAGUUUGUAAAGUUGAUACACAGACAAUGAAUGCAAUAACUACCAUAUUCAAACUGAAUAUAUAAAUAUUGAAUUGUAGUUUUAAAACUGAAUGCAAUAUUCAUUCAAUUCAGUUUCAAAUCAUGAAAUACAAGUUCAAUUUAUUAACUCAAUUUGUGCAUUAAAUAUUGAAAUUCAAAUACAAUUUCUGUUGCCACUGAAAUCGCUCCAUAGAUGUAUAUUAUUGAACCUGAGCCUCUGCAUUUGUGGCGGUUGGAUGUUUUAAUUCACUCUGCUUACACAAACAUAUUUGUUUCCCACCCAGACGACCUACUGCUAUCACAGAAAAAUAUUAUUUACAAAUUACAGAAUGGAUAGCUCUGUUUCUAAAGCGUCAACAAGGUUAUUCUGUUUUUUUGACACAAUGUAAAUCUUUGAAUGGGUUUUUUCUGUUUCUGGCUCUCCAUCCAGACUAAUUAUUCUCCCACUAAUCGUUAAAGCAGAUUGAAUCUACCUGGAUCACUCAGUCCGAUAGAACACACAGCCCUCCUAGAUCUAAUAAACGCUAAUGAAAUUGGCCCUUUGAUCAUCCGCCCCUCAUCACACCUCUAUGCUGGAGGAAGUAAGGUUUAUUUAUUUUUCUUCUCCUCCCUCUCUUUAACCUUUUUGAGGUUUUUCUCCCCACUGCUGUAAUUCUACUGUAGCUUGACCUUGUCCGUGGCAAUGAGAGUUCUGAUAGAUCUGUUCUAUGGUCUCUGGGCUUGAACAGGGUGAAAGCUCUGUGCUGUGGAUGAAAUAUCGUACAGAUGGUUAGCACCUCUGCAUCAGCUAUUACCACUAACUGCUCAACAAGACAAAGACCUCACUCUGCUCUGCAGAUAACAUGGCACUACAAUGCAUCAAGAGACAUUAUCAAAAGAGAAAUGGUAGAAAGUUAGACCAGAUGCAUACAGUGAGCAACAAAAGGAUUGGGACAGUGACUCAUUUUUUGUUGUUUUGGCUCUGUAUUCUAGCACUUUGGUUUUGAAAUGAUACAAUGACUAUGAAUGAAUCGUGAAUAAUAAUGAAUAAGAAAGUUACAGAUGCACAAAUAUCAUACCCCCAAGACAUGCUAACCUCUCACCAUUACAAUAACAGGGGAGGUUAGCAUUUUUUUUUGGGGGGGGGGUAUGAUGUUUGUGCGGACAAUCUGUGCAUUAACCUUAUAGUCACUGUAUAAUUUAAAAUCCAAAGUGCUGGAGUACAGAGCAAAAACAACAACAAAAUUGUCACAACUUUUGGAGGUCACUGUAUUUAAAACCGUGCAUGAUAUAGUGUGUAGACAGACAGCAUGGCUGGCUGCACAAUACACAGUGCACAGUACCAUUAGGCCUACCAUUUCACCAAACCAAACAGCAUGUGCUGGUAUAAUCUAGGUUAAAUCCGCCUCCACUGUAUCAAAUGGAUAAACACGCACAAUGUUUCAAUAUAGUACAGAAGGCUACAGAGCAUUAUGUUUCCUCCCCCAAGCACAGUAACACACAUUGGCAUAAUCCACAGUACAGUAGACUACAGUAGGCUAAGGACUAUCUGUGUGCAUACUACUAAGAAGAAUGGGGGUGUGGGUAUUACAAACACACUGUCUAUAGAAAAUGGCACAGUAUCACCCAAUAUGGGGCGCACACACACACACACACACACACACACACACUAAUCCUCAUUAAGUCCUAUGGGCACCCCCUGUCUGUCUGUGUGUUGGUUAAAUACGCUACGGAGGAGGAGGAGGAGGAGGAGGAAGAAAGGCAAAUGCAUUUUGAUAUGACAUCUGGCCAUGAGUGAGAGACAGCCAGGGUAAAAGCAAGAGAGAAAACAAGAAGAGAGGGGAAGAGGUAGAUCUGCCUGGCAACAGAGCAGACACCAGGGAAGAGUAGUAGGGGGUUGUUGGGAGAGAAGAGAGAGAGAGGAGAGAGAGAAGAAGAGAGAGAGAUCGAGUAGAGAGCCGAGAGAGAGAGCAAGAGAAGCGAGUAUUACGAUAGCGCGAUAUCUCUAGCUAUUCUCGCUCUCUCUGCUCUCUCUCUCUCCACUCCUCUCAGUCUCUCACUCCUCCUUGCUCGUCUCUCUCUCCUCGCUCUCCUCUCUCUCGCAUCUCUAUCUAGUAUAGAGAGGACGUGGCUGUAGUGUUUUUACCACAUCCAUGAUUAGUUCAUUCAAUUUUAAAGACAUCCCACGCAUGGCAUUUAAAUGCUAGUACUGUCGAGGAGGAACACAUAGGCCUAUGUAUGUCUCAAUAGCUGAGUUAGGCCUACAUAGUAGUCUUUACUAUUGUCAAUGGCCAUUACAGUUGUUGUACCAGUAUUAUUAAUACUGCCCCUAUUAUAUUGGUGCAGUAGCUUAGUCGUUGAAGAGGCAGCAGUCAUUUUGUAUCUUUUCUUUUCUAUUGACCAUUAUAGGCAGCCCCAUUAUAACUGAUAUUAAAAGGGCAGUCAUGACCAUGACGUUGCAGGGGUUCUAUUGAUAUUCUACUGUUUCUAUCGACCUUCUGACCUCUAUUCCCAAUGAGAGGGUUAAUGGUCCAAACAUAAGCAUAGUAAACAACACACCAUACAUGAGUGAGAUGACCUAGCUACAAUAUGCAGGGAUCUACGCUCUUUAUAAGGAGCACGUGUGCGCCUAAGUUGAAAAAUGUAGGGGCACACAAAUACAUUUAGAAGCACAAUGAAAAAAUAGUUGAGGGAAUAAAGCUAGAAUCCUUAAUUCUUCUAGGUGUACUGGUGCUCCUAAAUUAACAUUCCAGGUCACACAGCAAAAUAUUUAGGUGCAUAUGUGAGUAAAAUGGUUGCAUAGUAGAGCCCUGAUAUGACUCACCAUUCGCUGCCUGGCUGCUGUGCAGCAUGCCUCAUUGCUUCCUGAUUCGCUCUGCAUCUGUCUGUUGAAGUCUAAUUGGCUUGUGUGGUGUGUUGCCGUUUCUAGGUGGAUUCUUCUAAUUGGUUUACCUGUUUUUAUUGGCUGUCUGGUAGAGUCUACUGUACAUACACUGAGUGUACAAAACACCUACUCUUUCCAUGACAUAGACUGACCAGGUGAAAGCUAUGAUCUCUUAUUGAGGUCACUUGUUAUAUCCACUUCAAUCAUUGUAGAUGAAGGGGAGGAGACAGGUUAAAUAAUAAUUUAUAAGCCUUGAGACAAUUGAGACAUGGAUUGUGUAUGUGCGCCAUUCAAGACAAAAUAAUUAAGUGCCUUUGAACGGGGUAUGGUAGUAGGUGCUAGGUUAAAUCGGUUUGAGUGUGUCAAGAACUGCAACGCUGCUGGGUUUUUCCACGCUCAACAGUUUCCCGUGUGUAUCAAGAAUGGUCCACCACCCAAAGGACAUCCAGCAAACUUGACACAACUGUGGGAAGCAUUGGAGUCAACAUGGGCCAGCAUCCCUGUGGAACACUUUCGACACCUUGUAGAGUCCAUGCCUCGAUGAAUUGAGGCUGUUCUGAGGGCAAAAGUGGCUGCAACUCAAUAUUAGGAAGGUGUUCCUAAUGUUUUGUACACUCAGUGUAGAUUGAGUAACCUACUGUGUGUGCGUGCUUGUGACUGUUAUUAAACUGUGUGACAUAUAGCAGGUACAGAGCGAAAAAUAGAAAUAGAUGAGGAGUUGAUCCGACUAUCACUUGCAAACAAACACACAGUAACAGAGAGAGGGAGAGAGAGAGAGGCUGACAGAGAGAAAGAGACAGUGGAAAUGAAGGAGACAGAGUGAGGGUUAUAGAGAGAAAGGAAGGAAGCGAGAGAGACAGAGAUUUUGUCUUGGCCAGGUCACGUGGUCUGGAAAAACUUCUGGCCCUAACCAUAACCCCCUUUACAGCAUAUGGUUCUAAUCCCCGAGCCGACUAGGUGAAAAAUCUGUCGAUGUGCCCUUGAGCAAGGCACUUAACCCUAAUUGCUCCUGUAAGUCGCUCUGGAUAAGAGUGUCUGCUAAAUGACUAAUAAUAAUAAUAAUAAUAAUAAUACUAGUGCUAGCCUGUUUUUAUUCUACUCACUCGUCUCGUGCCAGCAGACUUGUGCAGCCAAUGUCAGAAAGAGGGCAAAGUUGAGAGGAGAAAAGCAUGCAUCUUCUUGGUGACUGAUUGUGUAUUCACGCUCCCGAGGCCAUAAGCAUUAUUACUGGAACAGUAGGAUGGAGGAGGGAUGGGUAUGGAGAUGGAGAUGGGGUGGUGGGGGGGGGGGGGGGGCUUAAAGCACUCUGCCAGAUUGAACAGUAGUGGAUGAUCCUUUGGCACAGUGACAUGAACAUCAGUAAUGGAGGAGGCAUACAGUGGAGUUAGGGUAUGUUCAGCCGCCUGCUGUGCUAUUGUAUCAACCCAAUGGGAUAGUAUACACAUAGUAAAAAUAGUAGAAACUAGCCUACAUAUUAUUACUCAGUACUGAAAUAACAGAGCUAUGUUUCUUCCCUCCUCACAGGAAUCUAUCAAAGAAGUAUCAACCCAAGAAGAACUCAAGAGAGGAGGAGGAGAACAAGUGAGUUUGAGACUCAGAUGCAACCAUUGCAAAUCAUUGACAUGUGCUUGAUGUUGGUAUAGGUAUCUCCAGUCACCUGAAGUUUCUUUCAAUGAAUGACACUAUCUGAGCAUGUUGUCAUGACACUAUACUUCAAUUGCUGUGUCAGCCCCUCUAGCUCUUCCUCUGACAUCACUUUCUGUGACCUCUGACUUGUCAGGUACACGUCAUGCCGGGCCUUCCUGUCGACACUGAACGAGCUGAACGACUACGCAGGUCAGCAUGAAGUCAUCGCUGAGAACCUGACCUCUCAGAUCAUCGCAGAACUCUCGCGGUACCUCACGGAACUCAAGGCCGAGAGGAAAUCGGUGAGACCACACUUCCUGUUUAUAUUCUGA